AUUUUAAACAGAUUUUUAAAUGGCAACUGAAGAUUUUAGAUUAAGUAUAGUUCGUGAGAAAUUACUUAAAGAUAACAUCAAACUCUGGUUACCACCCUAUACAAAUGAAAAUGGCAGUUUAGGAAUAUAUCCAGAGGAAUUAGUUGAAAGAUAUUGCACAGAAUUGCAAUAUUCAAAAGAUGAUGUGAUUUAUUUGUUGGAACAUUUAAGAAAACAUUCUGUAGAAAAUCUAAUAGCAAGAACAAAAUUUAGAGAAACUGGUCUGGCAUCAUUAAGAAUCAAACUUGCUAAUGCAAAGAACAAGAAUUCUCAUUUUCAAAAUUCAGUGAUAGAGAUUCCAUUAUCUAAUACUGGACAGCAAUUAAAAGAAUUAAUUGCUAAAAAUAUGAAUGUAAAUGUAUCAUGUUUAAAGCUAAUUGCUGUUGGGAGAGUGAUAAAGGAAGAUAAAGCUUUGUCAGAACAAAAUUUAAAGCCAAACAGUCAAGUUAUGGCAUUAUUAGUGGAAAAUAACAUUGAACAAUUAAUUCAAAAUGAUCAAGAAGCAGCUUUAUUACAAAGAACAAAAGAUGAUGCAGAAUUUUUAUCUAUUAUUGAUGCUGCUAAUCCUGAUAAUGAUCAAUACCUCCAAGUAGCAGAUCAAAGUGGAAGAGUAUUAAAUCUUCCUUUUGAAGAAAGAAAGAUCGACGCUCUACUACAAUGUACAUCAGAAAUUUUGAAUGCAGUUGACAAUUAUGCCCUCCUGUGUUUAGAUAUUGCAUGGUGUUAUCUUUGUUUGAACAGUGUUAAUCAGCUUCCAGAUGCAGUGUCAAGAUUAAAAAAGUGUGAAGAAUGUUUUCAUCGCAGUUAUGGUGAAAAUUUGGAAAGAUUAGUAAUUUUGAAAAAGGGAAUUACUGGAAAUGAAGCUGCUCUUUUUACUAGAUUGCAUUUGCUACAAGGAAUAGUUGCUUAUCACAGAAAUGAAAAGGAUCUUGCUAGAACACUCUUAAAUAGGACAGCUGCUGAAUUAUCUGAUCUUAAAGUUGACGACAAAAAAUUAUCUGAAGUUGUUGCUUUAGGAUAUUCUCCUUCAGAAGCCAGAGUAGCACUUCGAGGUUGUAAAGGAAAUUUAGAACAAGCUGUGCAAUAUAUUUUAAAACGAAAAGAGGAAUUAGCAGAAAUACAUCAAAAAGAAAAAGAAGAAAGAAAAUAUAAAAAACGUCAAAAAGAACUUGGAAAAACUGUUAAUGGCGAAUGGUUAAAUGUGUGUAUUUAUGAUCAAUUUUGUUCAAUGGGAUAUCCACCAAAAAAAGUAAAAGAAGCCUUAAAACAAGCUAAUAAUAAUGCUUCCCUUACAGUUGAUAUUUUGCAACAAAAUCAAGAUUUUUUAAAUUUUUCUGAUACCACUGAUGCUUCGGAAGAAAAUGUUGCAAAGAUUGUUAGUCUUGGAUUUCAAAUUGAUGCAGCAAGAAAUGCAUUAGAAAGUUUAUCAAAUAAUGUUGAAGGUGCAAUUUCUCAUUUAAUAAAAGAAAUGUCUUCAUCAAAUACUUCUAAUAUAACAAGGGAACAGGAAAGUCAGGCAAGAGCAGCAGUUGAUAGGUUAGCGGAAGAUAUUUCUAAUUAUGAAGAAGAUCAUCUUGAUUUUACUCUUGAAGAAGAAGAAAAUUUCCUUAAGGAAUAUUUAACAUUAAUGGACUCUAAUAUUACUAAAUAAGCAGACACUAUAUUAAUAGUCUGUAUAAUUAAAUAUCAAUGUAAGAAAAUAAUAAAGAUAUAUUUA